AUGCCCUGCUUCGUCGUGAUGCCGUGGACCUUUUCACUUCCACUGCCGUCUCGGCCGCACCCUCACGCUGUCCUCCUCACCGUCCGACAGGGGGGUCCACCGACGGGUUCACGGGCACAUAAAGCCUUGCCCUCCCCUCUCUCUUCCUCCUCUUCCUCUUCUCUCCACCACACACCUUCUUGCAACUCGACAUUCCCUGGCCUUUGGUUCAAUCCAUCAUCUCUUUCUUUGACCAUCUUCAGUCGGUCUAUACCAUCCACCUCUUGUCCAUUAUAUCUUUGCCUGCAGACCUUAGCAUCAUGUCUUCUCCUGUCGAAGGCGUCGUUGGUCAGCUCUUCCCUGCCUCGUCUCCCUUUGGCGGCACCGAGUCGACUCUCUACUCUCCUGAGUUGGCUCGCCAGGUGGCUGCUGAGCGUGAGCGUCAGAAUGCGGCUGACAAUCGGUCUCGCUCUGCUACUCUGUCUGCUACGCCUCUCAAUGUCGUCCGCAUCGGUCAUGUCGCCUACAUCGGUCUGGUUCCCCAGCCCCACCAGAACGGCAUCUUCACCAACGAGCGCGAUGCUACCAUGCACAACAUGAUGUCUCGUUACAUCUUCGUCACUGAAGUCAAGCAUGGUCGAGCUGGCUUUGACAUGGAGUCCGAGAUGGACGACGUCAUCGAAAAGAUGAAAAUUUACAAGGCAUUCGAGAAGGCAUCCAUCUUCUAUCAGGAUGGUGUCUUUAUUCGCUUCGAUGCUGUCAACGACGCUUGCGAGGCCAUGUCCAUUUUCAAGACUUCCAACUUCAAGGCUCGCUUUGUCGAUUCCUAUGACUUUGCCAAGGCCAAGUGUCAGGACACCAUUGCCAUCAACGAGUUUGAAGCCCAGGUCAAGCUUGUCGUCCACUUGGAGUACCUCGCAUCUCAGCAGAUUGCCCCCACCUUGAAGGAGCUGGCGUGGUUGAACGAUACCAUCACCCACUACAUGUCAUACACCUACGGCUCCAUUGUCGCUUGUGUCCAUGUUGGCGUCGACCUGCCUGUGCAGUUGCACACGUUCCGUGUUGAGUUCCACUCUGUUGAUGCUGCCAACCGUGCUAUUGCAUCCAUCAACCUUGAUCCUGAUUCCGGCGUUGGCGGCGACAACGAUCUUUGGCAGUGGGCUUCCUUGUCUGCGACUGCUUGGGACGGUCCCCGUGCUCCCAACUCUCCACACCGCCACAAGGUUCGUUACGACGAUAUGGGACGCCUCACCACUUUCCGCCACCAGCCCAACACUCCUACCACUGGCCGCAAGGAAGCUGGCGGUCAUCCAGCCGAUUCCCACAACCGUGUUCGACGUGAGCGUAUCUUGGAUGGUUCCGAUGUUCGUACCACCAUCAUGCUUCGCAACAUCCCCAACAAGUUAGACUGGAUGGCGCUCAAGGCUAUCCUUGAUGAGAUCUGCUUCGGCACUUACGACUUCGUGUACUUGCGCAUUGACUUCAAGACUUGCAACAACGUUGGUUACGCCUUCAUCAACUUUGUCGAUGUCGAGGGCAUGAUCGCCAUGUUGCAGCAUGUCGAGUCCCGUUCCUGGAAGGGAUUUAAGUCCAAUAAGCAUGCCGAAAUCUCCUACGCAACCAUUCAAGGUCGUGAGGCAUUGAUCCAGAAGUUCCGCAACUCGUCCGUCAUGCAGGAGACCCCAUUCUGUCGUCCCCACCUGUUCUUGACUUAUCAGGAUGCUGUUGCCAUGAACCAAGUUCGCAAGACCGGCUUGCCCCAGGCAUUCCCGCAACCAGACAACUAUAGCAAGCUCCAGCGUUCCAUGCAUAGUGCUCGCUCUGUCGGACUCUUUCCGCCUUCCGGAAUCAUGAAUGCCAACAUCCAGCGUUCCAUGAUUAGCGCCUACGACCGUGGCACUCCUCGCGACUUGGUUCACACCAUGAAUGCGUACCGCCAGCAGGGUGACGGCAUGGCUCCCAUUUCUCAAUACGAUCGCAUGCAGUGCGAGGCGUGGUACGCUAGCAAGUCCGGUCUUGGCCGCAAUGCCACCGUGCCGUUCAAUGAGAUCCCCUUCGGCAGUGUGCAGCAAUUCCUUGCUCUGACUCGUGGCGGCAACAACAACCGCGCUGGUGGCAGCCAUGGACCCAUCGCACCACCUCGCAUGGUUCGUCAGUCUCCUGGUUACUUCAACGCUGGCCUGAUGCCUUCUCCCAUGAUCGCACGUGGUUGGGCUACCGCUCCUCGCGGCUACUAAGUGCCAACAACAUUCUCGCUGCUCGUUGAGCUUCAUCGUCGGCGUUCGGUUCUCCGUUUCGACCUGAGAACAGCAUCCAUCCAUGGAGAUUUUCCGUGUUGAUUCCCUACUCUUUCUUUCUUCAACCAUUCCGGUUAUCUUGUUGAUCCUCCCCCGGGUAUUUUCGUGUCCCAUACUGUGCAAGCAUCUACAGAGUUGUCAUCUUGCCGUGUAUGGUUCCCGAUGGUGGUCUUCAAGGUUGUUUCUUUUCAUUUCCCCCCGCCCCCCCAAAUGGUUUUCGGUAUCCCCGCAAACAUGGAUAUCCUCGAUAUACUUUCUGCGAGAUCAUGGUUAUUUCCCCCCUGUUUUUUUUUCCUCAUUUCCCUUUUUCUUUCUCAUCAUAUGCAUGCGGUUGUUUUCUUUCUUCCUUCAUCUGCGGAUGGGCUCGCCUAGCAUGGACGGCGUUUGCUCUGAUAUACCCGCAUACAAGGAAUAUGGUCCCAGGUACAAUGGUCCUGGAGAUAUGGUCUUCAAAUACAAGGAGGUCUUCGAGAGGGGGUUUCUGAAAUGGCUCGGCGGCAUCUUCGGAUGUGUCUGUUCCGACAAGUGUUUCGAAACCCUUCCACAC